AUGGCCGAUGCGCCAACGCCCAACACGAAUAAGUCCGAAAUCGACAUAGUCAAGCAGCAAAUACAAACCCUGGAAGAAAGGUUGCAUCUGGAUGACCGUGGUCGGAUUUCUCACAUCAUUAACCGCAUCAGCGCACUGGAGGAAUCGGUGGAAAAGAACAAAGAAGAGACCGACAUCGAGCUCAAGAGCUCAUACCGUAAUGCGGCUGCCGCAUGGGCACUCGUUGCCCAGUUACAACAACAAAUGAAAAAAAUGGAACAUGUCUUGGAAUCACAGUCGGAACAAAUGGCAAGGACGACAAGAGAAGUGGAAGACUUGCGUAAUCGCCAACUGGAGCUGCUAGACAGCGACGAAGUUUUGGAGGAGCGCAUCGAAAAGCUGGAAAGUGCAGAGCUUCCAUCGCCAACCCGAGAAUAUGGCCCGGCCAGUGCCCCUUUAAAUCUACUACACAUCUUGCCCGCGACCACUAUGGCCUCAGAGAGGUCGUUGGAUUCAUCAAAUGUCCCGCCAACUACCCAGCCUACAGCCGUUGAAAUUCCAAGAUCUUGGACAGUGCACGUAUCUCUUAUGCCGUCCAAGGACACACCAUUUCCAUUUGAAAAAGACACGACCUCAUAUAAACGGUGCCUUUCUCGCGGGCUCCACCGUAUGUUGGCAGUGGAGGGCAACGAUGCCCAGUCAUUUACAGAUGCUGUAUCGCGGGCAUUCGAACCCCUGCUUAAAGGGAGACCCUGGGUGCCACUGCAAGCAAAGCUUUGCGACGCCGAACGCUUGCAGGGUCUGCCCAUGCUGCGACUGUUGGAGCCUAGACUUCUACAAGGCAACUACGACCAAGCUUUUCUCAAACAACACUGCGCCGUAUUGGAUGCUGGAGGCAGGAUUGACUCUCUUUAUAUCGCAAUGGAACAUGAUUCACUGUCAUGGAAUUUUCUGAGGCGGUCACCUGUCUACAUGUACGGGUUGGAGUCGGCUUGGACGCACGAUACUAUGCUCGACAAAAAGGACGAGCAAGAUGCUUCAAAGGAUCAUCUGGGGGAUGAAGGUGAUGAAUCACCGCCUGCAGGUAACAUCGUCAGGGCACUGACAGGCCUCAAGCGUAGAAUGUCUGACAUCUCGUGUUCAUCACUCGAUGACACUGAUUUGGCCGUGAUCAAGAUACCGCGAACAUGCAAAAGUUCGCCAUUGGAGAUACGACGUGGAGUAGAGACUGCACGAUAG